AUGAUGAAUUCGGAGUGGAGUAAUUCUUUCCCUGGUGCGAAAUUAGAGUGCUUGACUGCUGCCUCCUCAGAUCACUAUCCGGUUAUGCUAACUUGUAUUCCCACGGUACAACAUAGUUCAGCCAGGACCUUCAAGUUUGAGACUGCUUGGCUUACGGAACCGGGUUUUACGGAAUUUGUGCGUGACAACUGGAACUACUGUGAGUAUGCUGAAAUUACUAAAAAGUUGGAAAGGUGUGGUACUGAUAUGCUAAAAUGGAGUCAAAAAAAUUGGCACAAAGUUAGAAAGGAAAUUGAUAGUAUUUGCAAGAAGUUGGAUAGAGCUCGGCAUCACAUUUCGGAAGGGAAUCUCAAUUAUUUUUCAGCCCUCAAGAAACGAUUAAUUACUCUGCUGGUGAAAGAUGAUCUUUUUUGGAAGCAAAGAGCCAAAGCCCAUUGGUACAAAGACGGUGAUCUCAACACUCGAUUUUUUCAUGUCUCAGCUACUGUUAGGAAAAAAGUAAAUGCUAUAAAGUCUCUUGUCAAUGAGAAUGGAGAUGUUAUUGAGUCUACUGAAGGGAUGUGUCAAGUGGCUAGUGCUUAUUUCAAUGAUUUAUUCCAAAAAAAAAAGCAAGCUCUCGGGAUCGAGUACUACAAGCUAUUGAUACUUUAG